AUGUCCUUGUCAACCGCACCCGCAGCAAAGCUCACGCUGCUCAACAAGAUCUCGUGCGCCAUCUUCGGGAACGUCUACAACCCCCAGGGAAUCCGCACCGGCAACAAGAUCCUCCGUCAGCGCCUCGUCGGCCCCACCGUCAACUCAUACUACCCUAACGUCAAGCAGGUCAAGCUUCGGGAAAUCACUCGCAUGGCUCCCGAGAUGAACUUGAUCGACCAGGAGGAGAAGACCCGCCUCGAGGAUCUUUCUGAGCGCAAGAAGCGUGGCAAGGGUCCCCCCAAGAAGGGUCAGGGACGCCGUUCGACUCUCAAGAAGAAGUAA